UUCCUAAAUUGCCGAGUUCUCUCUCCCUCCCUGUUUGUGGCGGCGAAGCUCGUAGGAACGAUCUGUUGUUUCAACGGUCACCAAGUUCCGUUGUCCUCCUCGGCAAGAGCAACACCCAUUCGGACAUUGAACGUAGUCGACAACUGAAGAUAUGUCAAAAACAUUGGUCCAGCCAAUUGGCCAAAAGAGAUUAACGAAUGUUGCAGUUGUUCGUCUAAAGAAUCAUGGGAUCCGUUUUGAGAUUGCUUGUUACAAGAACAAAGUCCUUUCGUGGCGUUCUGGAGUUGAGAAGGAUUUGGAUGAAGUAUUACAGUCACAGACAGUUUAUUCAAACGUAUCAAAAGGAAUUCUAGCCAAAUCAAAGGACUUGAUGAUGGCAUUUGGAACUGACGAUAAUUCAAAAAUAUGCUUGGAGAUUCUGGAGAAAGGAGAGCUUCAGGUUGCAGGAAAGGAAAGAGAAUCUCAGCUAUCAAGUCAGUUUCGAGAUGUUGCAACAAUUGUUAUGCAGAAAACAAUCAAUCCAGAGACACAGAGGCCUUACACGAUUAGCAUGAUCGAGAGACUAAUGCAUGAAAUACAUUUUGCUGUAGAUCCUCAUAGCAGCUCCAAGAAACAGGCUUUAGAAGUGAUCCGUGAGCUCCAGAAGCAGUUUCCCAUAAAGCGCUCUCCUAUGCGAUUGCGACUCAUUGUUCCUGAAAAGAAUAUGUCUCCACUAAUGGAGAAACUUAAUGCUUGGAAUGCUUCAAUUGCCUCAAAAGAAGUCUCUGGGAAUCAUCUCUCUGUGGUUUGUGAAAUGGAACCUGGAUUUUUUCGUGAGUGUGAUUCUAUGAUGAGGAAUUGGCAAGGGAGACUGGAAAUAUUGUCCGUCUCUGUGCAUGUUGAUGAAGAUGCACAUGUUAAUGAUUAUGAAGAUCAUGAAACUGCCCCAUCUAGCUUUGAGAGACAGCCUGUGGAUUCAGUUUCUGAGCUGAAUGAGGUGGUACAGAAUCAACUUACCAUCUCAACAGAAAAUGCAAAUGCUGGAGAACAGGUGAAACAACAUAAAUGCAGCACAUGUAAUGCACUUGUGGGAGAUGCCAAGCAGUAUCGUGAUCAUUUCAAGAGUGACUGGCACAAACACAACCUCAAGCGUAAGACAAGACAUCUCCCACCUCUCACGCUGGAAGAGUGCAUGACAGAUAUAGAGCUGGAUGAUGCUAAGAAUGAUCUUAAGGACUAUUCCUUUUGAGAGGUGUUUUACUAGUUUAAGUAGUUGUCGUUAUAUCUAUGGCCGUUCAAAAUUUUGUCUUCACUGUAUAUCUUCAAGGGCCUCUCUGUUAAUGAGAGUUUGCUAAGGCAAUCGAACUUUCAAUUCAAACAGCAAGGAAACACUCUUUGAAGAGAUCCUUUCCAUUGGUGGAGCCGGAUUCUUGAAGCAUGAAUUUGACAAUGCGAGUUUAUUAAACUAAAUGUCUGUAGUAAGAAGUUCCAGAGAACUUAAAGAUGUGUAUCAUAAACUGCUGAUGCUCUUACAAAAUUUUUGUUCUUCUGCUCAUUCCACGUUUUGACUAGUACCUGUAUUCUAAUGCUAAAGCAAUAUGAAGGAACUGCAUAUGUAUCUUUUGUUCAAAA